AUGACUGGUGAUGGCUUAAUCAUUGACCAAAGUCUAACUAUGCAAAAUAGCCCCGCUGCAUUCUAUUACGGAUAUCCAUCUUCACCAACUCCACCACCGUCAAAUCCACAAAAUCAGCCGCCCUACAAUCCAUAUAUACCAUCGUCAUCCAAUUAG